AUGGGUUUGUCUUUCCGUCUAGCGGUGAUCCAACUUGAGAGAAAGAGGAGGAGAAGACGAUGCACGCCGGAGAUUCCAAUGGACGUGAUGGUGGAGAUUCUUACGAAACUGCCUGUUAAAUCCCUGAUGAGAUUCAAGUGCGUCUCAAAUCUUUGGUCAUCUCUCAUAUGCUCUCAAUAUUUCAGUAAACGUUUCCUUAUGGUCCCAUCCCGUCCUUGUCUUUACAUGUGUGUAUCUGAUCUCAGCGACUACCGUAACUCUGUUAUCCUAUCAUUGGCUCCAGACACUUGUACUCCGUCUUCCUUUGUUGUUGACCAUGAUCUGACUAUGGAAUGCUUCGUCACCCAAAAUCUUCACGGCUUUAUGUGCUACACGUUUUUGGGAAAGCCGCGAAUCUAUAACCCUGCCACCAGACAACUUGUGACAUUGCCCGCCAUACGUCCAGGAGAAGGUAAGAACAACCUCCACUUCUGUUUCGGAUACGACCCCGUUAACGACCAGACCGUGAGUCUCAUAGAGUAUGGUGGAAAAGCAAAUGUUCUUGACUAUACCCAUCUUGGAGACAAGGGCAUGAUGGAUUUAUGGGUUCUGGAAGAUGCGGGGAACAAGGAAUGGUCGAGAAAGACACUGGUUUUGCAGCCUUCUCAGCUCCAUUUGGUCAACAACAACAUUAUUACAUUCAAGGUCAAAGGUACAACUCAAAGUGGCAAAGUUUUCUUCGUACCCGCGGUUUUUUCUUCUCCCUUCCACGUUUUCUGUUAUGAUCUGCAAAGCAAUGACAUGAGAAAGAUUGAACUCAAAGGUAUACCGGACUACCGGUUAACUAAGGACACAGCGGCCAAAUGUUUUGACUUUAUGUUUAUGGAUCAGAGCGAGAGCAUCAAAUACCUGCACACUUGA